UUUUUUUUUUUUGGCCAUUUUUUCAUGUAUUGAUUGCUCAAUUUUGCCUAUUUUAGUCCACAUGCAUUUUUUAAAAUUGAUUUGUUCUAUCAUGUUUCAAAUUUUCUAAUAUAGUUUUAGCUAAAAAAUUGAAAUUGUCCCAAAAUAACAGAGGCUUUGGGAGUUCAAGACAAAAGUUAGUAAUUGUUUCCAACUAUACCCUUAUAUUAAAUAAUUACUUUUUCUUAAUGGUGGCUCAAUUUUCCAGAAACAUCUAAUAAAUAGGGAUAAUUUAGUAAAUUAUAGAUUGUAUUUAUUAAUUUCUUGAUGGACGUGAAAUGAGCUAAAGCAGUACUUAUUUUGGGACGGAGGGAGUAUAGGAGUAUGUUCUUUUAAUUGGAUACGGAGUUUGAUUUACUUAUUAUUAUAUUAGUGAUGAUUCCUUAUCAAAAAAGUUAUUGUAUAAGUGAUGACUAUGAUAGAAGAAAAUAUUGAAAGUAUAGUUUAAUGGAAAAAGAACAGUUUCAAGGAUUUGAAAUUUGAAAAGUUAAAUGAGUUUGAAGAGUAUAUUUUUUCUUUUGGCUGUUACCUUCAGCUUCAGGAUAAACUGAGAUUGUUUCACUGUUAUUCUAUAAGCUUUCAACUAGUAAUCAUGCGUGGGUAUGUACUAUACGCGGUUCAAUUUCCUGUAGGUCCAUUAUUCCUUGACCGCGUAUACUACUUGGUGAUGCGCUGAAGUUUGAGCAUGGUUGAUUUGUGUUUUUGUUUCGGUUCUCUUUGGAGAGGUUAAUUAUUGUUACUCUUGGUUUGCAUUUUGAUAGACAUUUUAAAAUUCAACCAGUUUCUCCACUACUUUAUGUUCUUUGUAAUGUCCUGAUAGUAUUGAUGUUUUUAGGUAGGAAAGUAGUAAGUUGUCAAUUCCUUGGUGAAGCUGCUCCAAUGCUUAUUUCUCCAUGUGCUAAGAAUGUUCACGAAUUUGGAAGUUCUGUGCUUGGUUCAUGUGUUUGCUUUAGAAAGUCUUGAUAUUUGCCUUUCUUUUCCAGUUCUUCUUUCAAUGUUUCGAAUUUUGCUUGUAAUAUGAUGUUUCGACUAAUUCUCUUUCACAAUGUACAAACUGUUUGACCAUAAAUUACUUUUCAUGCACUGUACUGCCCUCCGUGAGUAUUAAAUUUUAACUUGAUGAAUACAUGGAUUGAUAUAAUAGCUUACCGCAGCAAGUUUGGAAUUGAGAUUUAGUUGGUUGAUUGAUAAAUAUUCUUACAACAUUGUCCUUGUGGGACAAGAAACUGAAACUAGCUUAAAUUUUUGGUAGCUGUGUGCAUAUGCUGUAUCCAUAGAGGGGUAUAGAUAGAAGAGAUGAUUUAGAAAGGACUCUGAUUUCAGUAGCCUUCAUCUUUUGAUGAUUAUCCUGCUAACAACUUCUCAUAGGUCACAGUUCCGUUUGAAAUAUGGAAAUAAGUGAGGGAAUAGAUAGUGGUUGCACACCCGUGGAAGCACCAGCACCAGUUAUAAUGUUGCCCGCGGAGCCGGAGAGAGUUGAUCAGCCCAAGCGUUCUAUAAUGAUGAGGCCUGGAUAUGGAACAUCUGGACGAGAGAUUACUUUGCUCGCAAACCACCUAAAAGUUUCCAUCAAACGUCCUGAUGAAAUAUUCUACCUCUACAGUGUCUCUAUAACUUAUGAUGACAAGAGGGCUGUUAACAACAAGGGGAUUGGAAGAAAAAUUAUUGAUAAACUUCAUGAAACAUACUCAUCUGAAUUUUCCGGGAAGAAAUUUGCUUAUGAUGGAGAAAAGAGUUUGUACACAGUGGGACCUCUGCCUCGCAACAGACUGGAAUUCACGGUGGUUGUUGAGGAGUCUAGUCCAAGAAAUACUAGCGAGAGCCCCGCAGAUAAUGGAAGCACAAAUCACUCCAGUAAAAGAUCUAAGCAUUCUUUACAUUCGAAGGCUUUCCUAGUGGAGAUUGACUAUGCAGCUAAAAUACCUUUAAGGUCUGUGAGUCUUGCCCUUCAAGGAGCUGAUCCAGAAAAUGUUCAGGAUGCAUUGAGGGUUCUGGACAUUAUAUUGCGACAACAAGCUGCUAAUAGAGGAUGCCUCUUGGUUAGGCAGUCAUUUUUUCAUGAUGACUCAAGGAACUUCACAGACAUUGGAGGAGGUGUAAUGGGUUGUAAGGGGCUUCAUUCCAGCUUUCGACCAACCGAUGGUGGCUUGACCUUGAACAUGGAUGUGUCUACAACUAUGAUCCUGUCACCUGGACCUGUAAUUGAUUUUUUGCUUGCUAACCAGAAUGUAAAGGAGCCUCGUUAUAUUGAUUGGGCAAGAGCAAAAAGAAUGUUGAAGAAUCUGAGAGUUAAAGCUAAACACAGCAACGGGGAAUUCAAAAUCUUCGGUUUGAGUGACAGACCUUGCAAUCAACAGUUAUUUUCUAUGAAGGUCAAAAAUGGUGGUAGUCUAGAUAAUGGAGGAGAGACCAUAGAGAUAACUGUUUAUGAGUAUUUCACGAAACAUCGUAACAUAGAACUUUCAUCCUCGGCUUAUAUGCCAUGUCUGGAUGUUGGAAAACCAAAACGACCAAACUAUCUGCCACUGGAGCUGUGUUAUUUGGUCUCCCUUCAAAGAUACACAAAGGUAUUAUCGUCAGUCCAGAGGGCAUCUUUAGUUGAAAAAUCAAGGCAGAAGCCUCGGGAACGAAUUAAAGUUAUAACAGAUGCUGUGAGGGAGUACAGGUAUGAUGACGAUCCCCUUCUUGCUGCUUGUGGAAUCUCAAUAGAAAAGCAGCUCACUCAAAUGAAUGGCAGGGUCCUUGAAGCCCCAAAGUUGAAGGUUGGUAAUGGCGAAGAGGUCUCUCCCUGCAAUGGCCGGUGGAAUUUUAAGAACAAGCAUCUUUUCACCCCUGCACGAAUUGAACGCUGGGCAGUGGUCAACUUCUCUGCCCGUUGUGAUACAAGUCACCUUUCAAGGGAGCUUAUUAGUUGCGGAAGGAGCAAAGGCAUUCAUUUUGAGCGCCCACAUACGCUCAUUGAGGAAGAUCCCCAGUAUAGGCGAGCUGGGGCUGUAGUUCGCGUAGAACAGAUGUUCGAAGAGAUAAUAGCUAGACUGCCUGGCCCUCCUGACUUUCUCCUCUGUGUCUUGCCAGAGCGAAAAAACUCAGAGAUAUAUGGACCUUGGAAGAAAAAAAGUUUGACUGAGUUGGGAAUUGUUACUCAAUGUAUCUCUCCGUUAAAGAUCAAUGAUCAGUAUCUAACAAAUGUGCUUCUCAAAAUUAAUGCAAAGCUUGGGGGGACCAAUUCUUUAUUGGCUAUGGAACAUACCUCUCAUCUACCGCUUAUUAAGGACACUCCAACAAUGAUCCUGGGCAUGGAUGUCUCUCAUGGAUCUCCUGGUCAAUCAGAUUUUCCAUCAAUUGCUGCGGUUGUGGGAUCCUUAUACUGGCCAUUAAUAUCCAAGUAUAGGGCAGUUGUCCGUAGUCAAUCUCCAAAGUUGGAAAUUGUAGAAUCCUUAUACAAGCCUUUACCAAAUGGAGACGAUGAAGGAAUCAUGAGAGAACUGCUUCUGGACUUCUAUAGGACAAGUAACGGGCAUAAGCCUGCUCAAAUUAUUGUCUUCAGGGAUGGUGUCAGCGAAUCACAGUUUAGUCAAGUUCUGAACCUUGAGCUAGAUCAAAUGAUCAAGGCAUACAAGCAUCUUGGUGAGGGCGACGACCCUAAGUUCACCUUGAUCGUGGCUCAAAAGAAUCACCAUACCAAACUGUUUCAAGGCAGUGCAGCUGAAAAUGUACCACCAGGUACUGUUGUAGACACAAAUAUUGUGCAUCCAAGAAAUAAUGAUUUUUUCAUGUGUGCACAUGCGGGGAUGAUGGGAACAACUAGACCUGCACAUUAUCAUGUAUUGCUCGAUGAGAUUGGUUUCUCACCUGAUGCCCUGCAAAAUCUCAUACAUUCACUAUCAUAUGUGUACCAAAGGAGCACCAGUGCGACCUCUAUUGUGGCUCCUGUGCGUUAUGCACAUCUAGCGGCAGCACAAGUUGGACAGUUUGUGAAGUUCGAGGAUCUAUCCGAGAAUUCUUCAGAACAGGGCAGUGUCAAAUCAAUUGGGAGCACCCCUGUCACUGAACUGCCCAGGUUGCACAAGAAUGUCAGCGACUCAAUGUUUUUCUGUUGAAGAUGAUAAAGUUUUCAACUGCAUAUGCUGUAAAUCCUUUGGUAGUAUAGUACUCUGGCUCCAAAUUUUGUGCAGGCCUUAGUUAGUAAAGUACUUUUAGGUCGUCUAACUAGGAAAAAUGAUCAUGUUUCUGGCACUUUUUUUUUUUUUUUUAAAUUUCUUUUUUUAACACCUAAUUAGGCUAAAAAUCUCACCAUUCAAAGGGCAUGGAAUUUUGGGGUGUUGUCCAACCAGCUACUUUAGCCAUUUAGAAGUUGGCUGAUUUUUGUAUAGUCAAAUUUUGCCUUAAUUGGGCGCUUGAAUUGUUAAGACACCAGGAAGUUUUGGCUGUAUAGGGUUGAAAUUUGUCCGUUAUGCAUCAGACAUUUAAAUGAAUA